AUGGCGGUCAUCGUUGAUAAUGUCAACUUAUCUGUCUGUGUGUCACUGACUGCGUUGAGACUGGUCGGCUUCUGGGCACCCGAGGGUCUGACUGUACGCGGGAAGUGGUGGUACAAUGUAUAUGGUUUCUUUUGCUUCAUGUUCCUUUUGGGUACAUACAUUAUAAUCCAAGUCGUGGAUUUAUUUUUAAUCUGGGGCAACCUACCUCUGAUGACGGAGACGGCUUUUCUGCUAUUCACAAACCUGGCGCAGGUCGCCAAGUUCAUCAACCUGGCGAUACGAGAGAAGAUGAUAAAGCAGAUCAUCAAUGAGGCUGACCAGUUAUUGAAGAGAGAGCAUACCGAAGAAGGAAAGGAUAUUGUGAAGCAAUGCAAUCGGGAGACAGCGAUAUUACAAUUUGUGUACAUGGCCAUAACAAUGGUGACGAUGGUCGGCUGGGCUUCAAGUGCUGAGAAGAACAAGCUUCCUUUACGCGCUUGGUACCCGUACGACACUCAUCAAUCUCCGGCAUACGAGUUGACCUAUGUGCACCAGGUGGUGGCGCUGUACGUUGCGGCCAAUCUCAACGUGGGCAAGGACUUACUGGUAACAUCACUGCUGGCGCAGUGUCGCUGUCGUCUGCGUCUCCUAGCCUUGGCUUUGACAACUCUGAGCCAGGAUAUCAAUGUUGUCGGAAAUCGGCUUACAAAAGUGCAAGAGAAGAUAGUGUCAGCGCGCCUUCGUGAUUGCGUACUGCGACACCAGGCAGCGCUAAACGCUGCGGUGCAGCUGCAGACCUGCUUCUCGGAGCCUAUCUUCGCACAGUUUACAGUGUCCCUCGUCAUCAUUUGCGUCACGGCUUUCCAACUAGUCUCUCAAGUUGGAAACUUAGUACGCUUGUUAUCUAUGGGAACGUAUCUACUGAACAUGAUGUAUCAAGUUUUUAUCUACUGUUACCAGGGGAACAAAUUAUCAGAAGAGAGUGUAGGCGUGUGUGGUGCCGCGUACGCCGCUCCGUGGCACACGUACAGCACGCCGCUACGCCGCUCCUUGCUGGUGGUGAUGGCGCGGAGCCGGCGUCCCGCACGCAUCUCCGCUGGUGGUUUCACCGCGCUAUCCCUUGCGUCCUUCAUGGCUAUAAUCAAAGCGUCGUAUUCUCUGUUCACAUUGCUGCAGCAAGUUGAAGAAAAUAAGUAG